AUGUGCUUGCGUUCAUACACACGCGCACACCUUUUUCGUGUAUUCGGCUUCAUUCUUCUUAAUAUUUCACGCGGUGUUGUGUGGUUUCCUCUCCCUUUUCCUUAUCCGAUUUCUUCCCAUCUCCUAUUUUGUUCCAAAUCCUCCUUCCAACCCCGACCGACCGCAGCCACCUUACGAUAUCUACUCCCACUCACAACAACAAACUUUGAUUCGCCAUGUGACGUCCUCUCUCUCUCUCUCUCUCUCUCUCUCUCUGCCAUUAAGUUCUUUUCCUACUCCUACCACUGUUCAUUACUUAUCUUUUUCCGUUCCCAAUGUCACCUAAUCCGCUCUUCUCCUCCAGUUCUUGUUAAUCCUCCUCCUCCUCCUCCUCUUUGUUGCCUACCCUCUUUGCUGCCUCGGUUUUCUUUUCCUUUUUUCUUUCUUUUCCUUUUUUCUUUCUUUUCCUUUUUUCUUUCUUUUCCUUUUUUCUUUCUUUUCCUUUUUUCUUUCUUUUCCUUUUUUCUUUCUUUUCCUUUUUUCUUUCUUUUCCUUUUUUCUUUCUUUUCCUUCUUUCUCUUUUACUUUUUCCUUUCUUUUCCUUCUUUCUCUUUUUCUUUUUUUCCUUUCUUUUCCUUCUUUUUACUUUUUUUCUUUCUUUUCCUUUUUUCUUUUCCUUUUUUCUUUCUCUUUCCCGCUCUCUCUCUCUUUCUCUUUCUUUCUAUCACUCUUCCUCUCUUUCGCUUUCUCUCUCUCUUUCUUUUUUUAUUUUCUUUCUUUUUUAUUUUCUUUUGCGGCAACUUUUUCACUUUUCUCUUCUUUACACGAUUUGCUUUCAAUUUUGUUCGAUACUUUUUUAUUCACAAUUUAAUCGUUAUUUAUUCUUUCGGUGGCUUCCCGUUUUUUCCUGGGAUUGCUUUUUCUUUCCAACAUUUUUGCACAAUUGAAACCUGUUUUCUUUGUCAUCACGUAUGUUUUCUAAUUACUUAUAAUUUGUCUCCUCUUCCCCUUUCCUCUGUUUUUUUCUUUCUUCCCCUUUCCUCUGUUUUUUUCUUUCUUCCCCUUUCCUCUGUUUUUUUCUUUCUUCCCCUUUCCUCUGUUUUUUUUCUUUCUUCCCCUUUCCUCUGUUUUUUUUCUUUCUUCCCCUUUCCUCUGUUUUUUUUCUUUUUUCCUCUGUUUUUUUCUUUCCUCUGUUUUUUUUUUCUUUCUUCCCCUUUCCUCUGUUUUUUUUUCUUUCUUCCCUUUCCUCUGUUUUUUUUUUUCUUCCCCUUUCCUCUGUUUUUUUUUUCUUCCCCUUUCCUCUGUUUUUUUUCUUUCUUCCCCUUCCCUCUGUUUUUUUUCUUUCUUCCCCUUUCCUCUGUUUUUUUUCUUUCUUCCCCUUCCCUCUGUUUUUUUUCUUUCUUCCCCUUCCCUCUGUUUUUUUUCUUUCUUCCCCUUCCCUCUGUUUUUUUUCUUUCUUCCCCUUUUUCGUUUUUCUCUCCUUCCAUGUCUCCUUAUUUAAACUUCCUCUUUUUUCAUAUCCUCCUUUUCAUGUUUCUCUGUUUUUUACUGUCCCCCACUCUUUUCUCUCCUACUCUUUUCCUGUUUUUUUUUUUUUACACUUAUUUUUUCUCUUCCUUCUUUCUUAUUUCUCUUUCUCAUCCCUCCUUGUCGUUUUUCCUCAUCCUUUUCUUAUUAUUUUCUCGCAUCGACCUAUUCAAAACCAUUCGGACUCAUCUGAUAUCAAAUUCUUUGUCUCUUUUUUUCCUUACCUUUUUCUCCUCGUAUUUCGAACCCUCUCAACCUUUCUUUUGUUUAUUUUUUACCUUCUUUUGCACUCAUUUUCCUUCAGGAACCUUUUUUUCACAUCUAUCGUAUUGUGCACCGACUUCUUUUCAUCGUUUCUCUUCCUCAUAUUUUCUUUGUUCAAGCGUCAAAUUCAAAUCAUUUAUUUUAUUUCUUUUAUUUUCUACUUUUGACGGCAUUUAUUUUUCUAUCUUUAUUCCUGCAUAUUAUACAUUUUUCAAUUUUCUUUUUACUUUUUCUUCUUCCAUUUUCUUUCUUUGCAUACAAUUAUUCUUCUUCCAUUUUCUUUACUUCUCCGUUAAUUGUAUUUUUCAAUUUUCUUUUUCUUCUAAUUUUCCUUCUUUAGCUUUCUUCUUCUCCCUUAGUUCUUUUAAAUUUUUUUUUUCAAUUCUCUUUUUCUUCUUCUCCAAAAUGCACACUCAGUAUUUUCUUUCUCUCUUUUCCAAAGCUCUCACACUCUGUUUCUCUCUUUAUUGUUUGUUUUCGCACCACCGCCCAAUUUCCAGAUUCACCGGCAGCGAUAGGAAUCCACAGAUCUGCAAUCGUACUGUCUUCACAGCGUGCCUCAUGGAAGCCUAUCAUUCAUCUUGUCUCAGCGUCUCCUUCCUCCGGGAUGAAGAAAAGACACUUUUUCUCCAAGCUUUCCCUCCCGCCUAUGAUGACUGGUCCAGCGUGAUGCGUCUCUCUCUCUCUCUCUCUCUCUCUCUCUCUCUCUCUCUCUUUUAG